AUGCCUCCGUCUCCUUUAGACGACAGGGUAGUAGUGACACUGUCUAGGCCUGUCCGACCUCAGGAUCUCAACCUUUGUAUAGACUCUAGCUACCUUGGCUCUGCCACCCCAGGCAGUGACAGCCACGUUCCUGUCAUUGCCACUGCUGUUGUGUCACUCAAGGCUGCGAAUCUGACGUAUAUGCCCUCAUCCAGCGGCUCUGCCCGCUCCCUGAAUUGUGGAUGCAGCAGUACCAGCUGCUGCACUGUGGCAACCUACGACAAGGACAAUCAAACCCAGACCCAAGCCAUCGCCACUGGCACCGCCACGACCGCCAUUGGAACCUCUACCACCUGCCCUGCUUACCAGAUGGUCAACAACAAUGAGAAUACAAGCCCUUUAAGUCCAUCAGGUGGGGUAAGCAGCCCUGUGUCAGGAACCCCCAAGCAGCUAGCCAGCAUCAAAAUCAUCUACCCCAAUGACUUGGCGAAGAAGAUGACUAAAUGCAGCAAGAGUCACCUGCCGAGUCAGGGUCCUGUCAUCAUUGACUGCAGGCCCUUCAUGGAGUAUAAUAAGAGUCACAUCCAGGGAGCUGUCCACAUUAACUGCGCCGAUAAGAUCAGCCGGCGGAGACUGCAGCAAGGCAAGAUCACUGUCCUAGACUUGAUUUCCUGUAGGGAAGGCAAGGACUCUUUCAAGAGGAUCUUUUCCAAAGAAAUUAUAGUUUAUGAUGAGAAUACCAAUGAGCCAAGCCGUGUGAUGCCCUCCCAGCCACUCCACAUAGUCCUCGAGUCGCUGAAGAGAGAAGGCAAAGAACCUUUGGUGUUGAAAGGUGGUCUUAGUAGUUUUAAGCAGAACCAUGAAAACCUCUGUGACAACUCCCUCCAGCUCCAAGAGUGCCAGGAGGUUGGGGGUGGUGCAUCUGCGGCCUCGAGCAUACUACCUCAGCCCAUCCCCACCACCCCUGACAUCGAGAAUGCAGAGCUGACCCCCAUCCUGCCCUUCCUGUUUCUUGGCAACGAGCAGAAUGCUCAGGACCUGGACACGAUGCAGCGGCUGAACAUUGGCUACGUCAUCAACGUCACCACUCACCUUCCCCUCUACCACUAUGAAAAAGGCCUGUUCAACUACAAGAGGCUGCCCGCCACAGACAGCAACAAGCAGAACUUGCGGCAGUACUUUGAAGAGGCUUUUGAGUUCAUUGAGGAAGCUCACCAGUGUGGAAAGGGGCUGCUCAUCCAUUGCCAGGCUGGGGUUUCCCGCUCUGCCACCAUCGUCAUCGCGUACUUGAUGAAGCACACCCGGAUGACCAUGACUGAUGCUUACAAGUUUGUCAAAGGCAAACGACCAAUUAUUUCCCCAAACCUUAACUUCAUGGGGCAGUUGCUGGAGUUUGAGGAAGACCUAAACAAUGGCGUGACACCACGAAUCCUUACACCAAAGUUGAUGGGCGUGGAGACGGUUGUGUGA